AUUUAAUUAAAAAUAUAAAACAAAAUAAAAAAAAAAGAUGUAAGAUUUUUUAACCAAUAUAUUAUAUAUCAAUUUAAUUAAUUAAAAUAAAAUAAAACUGAACAUCUUAUACAAAUUAGUACUUAUCUUCUACGUGACUAUAUAAAUAUGCUACAAUUACAUUUCUUAAACCUCUCCCCUUUCCCGCCAACGAUCUGAACACGUGGAUACUUUCUCUUUGCUCGUUUGACGAAAAUACCCCUGGAAUAUUUCCUAAACUCGGACCAUAACUGAAAGGUAGAAGCGUAAAUAUUCCGAAAAAGAGUAACGAAGAGGGUAGUCGAUGGUAACGAACUCGUUUUCAGUAUAAACAGAGCACAGCUCUUCUUCUUCUUCAUUGUUCUUCAUCAGUUUUCCGAUUCCGUUUUCUCUCUGAAAAAAAAAAUGAAAUUCUCAGUGAUGAAAAAUGCUGUGAAAGCUUACUUCAAAAGGGAUUGGACAAGACAAGACUUGAUGGAUUUUGGAAGAAUCUCCAUGCAUGCUUACAGAAGCUUGAAUAGGGUGUAUCUUACUUUCUUCUGUACCAUGUUGAGCUUUACUUUUGGAUCCUUCUUGCACUGGAUCUGGGAAGCGGGAGGGCCGGUCACAGUCAUUUCUUCUGUAUCAAGUUUACUCUGGCUGUACAUUACACCACCAUGGAGAGUGAGGAUGAGGGUUUUACUCUUGCUGCAUGCUGUCUUUAAUUUGGGAGCUUCUUCUUGCCUUAUUAUCCAACAUCUCACCGAAAUGGAACAAGCCCUUGCUUUGGGCCUUUUGGUAGGUUCAACAAUUGGCAUUGGAACUUUCUGGCUUGUAGCCUUGAUAACGAUGGAAAGGACAGAAAUCUACUUGGGAACCCUGCUUUAUUCUAAUGCUGUAAUAAUCUACGGCGUUUGUCUUUAUGCUUUAGAUAUCCUUGACAGCCACAUAGCUCAUUGGAUAUUAGUGGUAUACACUCUGCAUGCAUUUUUCAUGGGGUACCUUGUGGUAUAUAGCCAAGAGAUAUUGUACAAUGCUCGCUUUGGAGAUAUUGACUUUGUCAAUUGCACAUUUACCGUCUUCCUACAUUUACCAGCUAUAGUGGUCCAUGCUGUAAGACUCUGCCUGGGUGCAAAAAUUCAGCAACACAGACGGAAUUAGUGCUAUACACCUGGGAACUAUAGAAUAAAUAGAGUCGAUAACAGAUGGGGAACUGUAAAUGAUGAGAAAUUGAGUGAGAAAUUUCCAGUGCCUAAUUGUUUAGUUUACUGGAACAGGUAAUAAUAAUCUUUCACCUUUGAAAAGCAAUGGAACAAUCCACAAGGUUUCCUACUAA